GCGCGGGGCUUCUUGUCACACACGUCCGAUCCCCGCUGCGCUGUUUUCAAGGUGCUCGAGUGACCCCCAAAGCUCCUUUCAGAAUGUUUCCGGUGUCAUUUCCUCUUUCCAUAUCUCCACAGUUGCAGAAGAGCAGGCAUAAUGGAGCCCUCUCAGGUUUAUAGACGCGACAUUCUCGAGAUCGAGGCUGUCAUGCCCGAGUUCGAGGCCGGCCAUAAUGAGCGCAGAGAGGACGACGAGAAACCGUCUACCCACUCAAAGUAUUUUGUUUUCCCAGAAGAUAGAAAGCUAGGCUACUUUUCCACCGCGCUAUUAAUCGUGAACCGCAUGGUCGGGACCGGCAUCUUUUCGACGCCAUCCACUAUCAUGCAAGCCACCAACAGCGUCGGGGCAGCUCUUUUAUUUUGGCUGCUUGGUGGAAUAAUGUGUUUCUGGUGAGUCGAGAACCGAGCUCAAAAAUCCUUGAUCGGUAUCGAUCUCUAACCUUCAGACCAGCGGGUUGAUGGCCUAUAUUGAACUCGGUACAACACUUCCACGUUCAGGGGGCGAGAAGAAUUACCUUGAACGUAUCUAUCGUCGUCCAAGGUACUGGACAACAUGCAUAUUUGCCGUUGAGUUCAUCUGUUUCGCCCAGUCUGCUGCCAACAGUAUCAACUUCAGCUCUUACCUCCUCUACGCCAUCAACGGCCUAUCCACACGCAGAUCCAGCAGCUGUGGUCGCUCGCCAAACGGUGAGCUCCUCGCCGCAGCCCCGCUAGCACAAGAAUGGAUGAACAAGGGGAUCAGCAUCGGGACCAUUACCAUCGUGUGCCUGGUCCACUCAUUCCUACCACGCAUAGGGAUCUGGGUCAGCAACGGUCUCGGCGUCUUCAAAAUCAUCAUGCUCCUCGUCAUUGUUUUCACUGGAUUCGCUGCUUUAUCCGGCCGUAUGGCUGCCACGCCGCCAGACAAUUUCUCUUCUUUCAACGGGGCUGGCGACGCUUGCCCUCUUGCGCCUCCGGAUAAUGCUUCCCAGGCGGCCAAUUUCGCUAUAGCGCUGAUGCAGGUUCUGUAUUCAUAUUCGGGUUGGGAGAGUGCCAACUAUGUGCUGAGCGAAGUUCGUCGACCCGAGAAGACACUCAAGUGGGCCGCACCAAUUGCUUCCCUCACGGUCACCUGCCUCUAUAUCCUUGCUAAUAUUGCAUAUUGCGCCGGCUCGUCUAAGGAAGAGAUUGCAGGGUCUGGUGUGACAGUUGCUGCGGGCUUUUUCACAAAUGUUUUUGGCCCCGGUCCGUUCGUGUCGAGGUUCCUGCCCCUGGUUAUAUGCUUGUCCAUUCUGGGCAAUAUCUUCUCGCAAACGUAUUGCAACUCACGAGUGAAGCAAGAGCUGGCCAAGGAAGGAGCUUUGCCGUUCUGGCGUUUCUUUGCAAGUGACUGGCCUAUCAACACGCCAACAGGCGGAAUCUUCUUGCAUUGGCUCUUCUCGGUUGUUUUGAUCGUCGGACCUCGAACGAGCGAUGCUUACCCAUUUAUCACAAACCUUGGGACGUACACACAGAGCAUCGUGAAAAUCCCCACCGUGGGCUGCUCCGUGGUUGCAAUCGGCACACUGUAUUGGUUCUAUUGGUUCAAACUUUGGCCAAUGCUUGGAUGGGCUGUCGAGACCGAGAAGGAGGUGCUUCCAGAUGGCAGUGAGAGGGACACCUUUGCUGGGAGUCUUGGAAGUCGGACAGAUUUCAAAGGGAUUGCCGGAUCCGUCACUUCUGAAUACCUAGUCGAGAGAAUUGACACCCUGAGAGUCGUAUUCGAUGGCGAGGCGCUUCAGGAUGACAGGAUUGUGGACGAUGGCUGGCUUCAUUCUUGUCGGAGCGCUCCAAAUUGGAACCACCAAUAA